GUCAAAAUAAAAAUUUCGUUUUGUGUACAAUUUUUAGCUGCAGACAGAACAAACCGAUUUCAUUGAGCUUUUGUAUUUGUAUUUGCGAAAUUCGUUUGAAAAUGCUCCCGUUUUUCCCAUCGUUGCGGCCUGCUGUGGCCAACAAUCUGUGGUUCGCCGUGGACGAAUGCUGCGACGAGGACGCCGAAGUGAACGCAAUGGAAUCGGAGCACCAGGAAUGGCUAAACCGUAUGACACAGAUUGGUGCCGAUCUGGCACCGAUAGGUAAAAACACCAACGAACAUGCUGACAAUAUGGACUCGGAGGAUGAGGAUGCAAACGACGAAAGUGACGACUCGGACAACUCGGAUGAAGAUGACGAGGACAUGGACGACAUCAAUAAUGCUGCCCGGCCAAACGAGCGGCUUGUGAUGGAACCGGCUUACAACAAUACCGACGAUGAGAUACAGCCCAACGAUACGCUGUGAAGUUCACUCCUUUCGUCGUGAUAAAUUUAGGUGUUACAAUCAUUACUAUAUCUCACUUUAUUUAUAUGUAGGUUUUGAUAACUAAUAAAAAUACAUGUACGAUUCCUAUA